AUGGCUCCUGGCAGUCACCGUCCCCCUCCCAUACCCAUACCUACCGUCAGCUCUCCUAGCAUAGAACUGCUACCAUCCUCGCCCGAGCGACCAGACAACAGUCCUGGAUCCGGCAAGCGAAGCAGCCACAAGAGUAAUACCAGCGCGCCGCUCUUGCACGUCCCUGACGGACUCUCGGGGCAUGAUAACGCACCCCAACGUCAUCAAGAUCUCUUCUACGACCCAAACCGUCUCUCUCCUGUAGCGCCGACAUUCCAGCACAGCCCAGGCCUCUUGUCUCCCACGUUUUCGUCGGACAUGGCGUACAAUGGCUCAUCAGGUCUCGGUGGCUCCUUUAGCAAGGAGAACACGCCCCCGAUUGAGAUAACCGCGCCCAAUCCAUUCAACUUUCAGACGCAAGUUAUAUCGACAUCGCCCGUCAAGCCCAAUGUUGGCCAGCGCCGAGGUCACAGAUACAAGCACAGUUCUAUAUCUGCACAACAUCAAAUCUUUCUCGAACCACCGCCUCGAGCGCCCUUGGCCUUGCCUCGCGACCUGCCGAUACCCACACUAAAGGAGGCAUGGAAAUCCAUGUCGAUUGACCAGCGGCGUCGGCUGUACUGGUGUUGUUGUCACUUGGUGGUGGCAGUUUCCAUCUUUUUAUCGGCACACAACUCUCUCGCCAUGACCGCUCUAUCGCAUCUGGUCUUUUUUGAUGUCGGCAGCGCCCUGAUUGGCGUGGCUGUGGAUGUCCUGGGCAACUUUGAGGUCUGGAAGCGGAGCAGUAUCCGUCAUCCUUUUGGUUUGGAGCGAGCAGAGGUACUGGCUGGCUUUGCCACGAGCGUCUUUUUGAUAUUCGGCGGCUUUGACCUGGUGAGCCACAACCUCAAGCACGUGUUGGAAGGAUUGGGCGACCAUGAGUCGCAUCAUCCGGACCCUCACAGUCAUGGACCUCGAGUACAGCCAGGACAUUUGGACAUUACCAGCCUGGUGGCCAUUAUUGCAACACUUGUCAGCGCCUAUGGCUUGAAGAAUCAUGGACGAAUCAGUAGGAUCAUGCGUACGAGCUAUCUGGCAAGCUUGCCGAGCAUCUUGUCGAAUCCGUUCCAUUUCCUGACCUUGUCAACGGCAUUCCUCUUGCUGUUGCUACCCCUCCUCUCCAUUCCGAUUCACGUUUGGCUGGACAGCACAGUCUGCGGACUGGUGGCCAUUUCCAUGUUUGGACUCGGAACGAGGCUUGCAAUUGCCCAGGGUCUCAUGUUGCUCAUGUCGUACGGCGGACGGUCUAGUGCCUCUGGCAAGCACCAGGACAUUGGCGUUGCUGAUGUGGUGAGCGAGAUUGAGACUGAACCAAGUGUCAAGAGAGUCGAGGAGGCUCAGUUUUGGCAGGUACACUAUGGUGUUUGCAUGGCCAAUGUCAAGGUAUGCGUACCAAGGGGAUGUGACGAUGGAACAUUGAGCAAACUGCGGACACGCAUAUCCAACCUUGUGCAAAACAGACUUGGAGAGGGCUAUGGAAAGGGAAACAGCCUGCGGUGGGAAGUGAGCUUGCAGACACGAACUGACAAGUAG